UUUUUCCCUGUGCAGUAUGCCAGCUGGUGAUCCCACUGCAUACUUAGGCCUCUUCGGCGGCGGAGGCAAGUCCACCCAGGACUUGGAGUCUAUUCAGAAACUCAUCAACCAUGCCAAUGAUGUCGCUGAGAACGAUUUGAAGCAGGUGACAAAGGGCGCGGCAGAAGUGACAAAGAUCAGGAGCCAGUUGGAUCGGAAUCUCUCGAGCAUCAGGUCAAAGUUAAAACCUGCAUGCAAUGCGUACAGCAGAGCAAGGAUUGAUUUGCUGGUGGGUGAUCCAGAGAGCAAUAAGAAAGCGGUGUCACAAGAGUGCUUGAAGGCGCAGGGCCUGCUGUAUACCAUGCUGAACAUCGGUCAGAAGGCAGAGGGAUGUUAUGACACUUGCGCCUGGAAGACAGAGCUGGGUGCUGGGAAGUGUGACACCAGUGGCUGCCACGGCAAGCUCAGGACCAAGAAAGAAAUGGAGGAUAUCAUAGGCGGACCUGAGUGGCGAAACCAUCAUCAGGAGAUGCUGGAGGCAUGCGGCAAGUGGCCAUAUGAGUUGAAGAUUCUUCCACCAUCAGGAAUGGAGCCUGAAGAAGAAGUGGUUCAAGAGGCAGCGUUGGGCAGCUUGUCUUUCCUCACUGCGCCACCAUCCAUUCGAAAGGAUGCAAAGGCUGCGCAAAGCCGACAAGCUGCAAUCAGAUUGGAGUCAGGAUACGCGCAGCAAAAGGCAUGGCUUCAGAUGGCUGGAUUCAAGAAGGUCAUUCACUCCAGCAGAUGUGCGUGGGCUCUUGCACGUCGAGGUCAGGGGCGACUCGCUGGAGAAAAGCUUCCAGUCCCCCCUGAGGAUGAAGCGCUUCUCGGAGAGCUGAAUCGGCACGCCGAGGCAGGUCAAAUAGAGCUAGCUCAACAGGCUUUUGGCCAGUUGUACAAACACGAUGAGCGACGUAGCAAGAGAGGUGCAGGUGGACUUCACCGCAUGGUCUGGAAUACGAUGCUGAAAGCUCAUGCAAAUGCUGGAGACAUGACGGGUGCCAGACAUCUUUUUCUUUCGAUGGAAAGGCAUACUGUGAAGCCAAAUCGGCAGACAUAUGGGAAGCUGAUGGAAGCGGCAGCAAAAGGUGGAGAUGUGCAUCAGGCAGAAUCCUGGUUCUCUGAAAUGGUGAAUGAACUUUAUGUUGGACCACAACGGAUUGCAACCCACUAUGCGAUUUUGCUUGAUGCAUGUGCCAAGGUUGGUGACAUUCAACGAGGAGAACAUUGGCUCGAAAAGAUGCGCAGUAUGGAGGUAAUGUCAGGCUGCUCAGUGCUAUGCUAUACCUCUCUGGUCAAUAGCUGCGCUGUUGCAGGAAAUCCAUCCCGAGCAGAAUACUGGUUCGGUCAAAUGACUGGCGCCUCAGUUUCUCCAAACGUGAUAACCUACAAUGCCGUUUUGGAUUCAUUUGCAAAAGUUGGCGAUGUGGAAGGGGCUGUAAGGUGGCAAAAGCUCAUACAAGAUGCGAACUUGCAGCCAACCGAGUUGACAUAUGCGUCCUUGAUCUCAUCUGCGGCCAGAAACCGUGACAGAGCUGGGGCGGUGGCACACUUGGAAGAGAUGUUGGCGUCCGGGCAGCAACCAAGUCUAGUGUGCUUCAACACUGUGAUUCAUGCUUGUUCAAGGCACGGUGAGGAAGCUAAGAAGUGGCUUCAGAAGCUACGCGAAUGCAAGUUUCAACCAGAUGAAGUCACAUUCACUUCAUUGAUUGAUGGAUGUGCAAAGCGCAGCAAACCAAAGCAAGCAGCAGAGUGGUUGAGAAUAAUGGUAGCAGAAGAACUUGCACCAUCUGUGGAGUGCUACACAGCUGUUAUCGACAGUUGUGCCAGCAGAGGGGACAUUGAUCAGGCUGCAGACUGGAUUGAAGACAUGUAUGAUCGGAAGAUUCACCCGGACACAAAAGCCUACAACUGUGUCAUCAAUGCUGCUGCCAAAGCAAGUAGUUCCAAUGAAGCUGUCCUGUGGCUGGACAGGAUGAAAGCUUCCUCUGUUCAACCCAACAAGGUCACUUACACAGCUGUGAUUGAUGCCUGUGUGAAAGAGGGGCAACUUGCGAUGGCAUCAAGCUACUUUCAGCGCAUGGUGGAUGAAGGCGCCACCCCGGACAUGGUGGCCUUUACCACCCUCAUCAGCGGCUGCGUGAGGAAAGGCGAGAUGGCGAAGGCUGCUCAGCACCUUGAAAUGGCAAAGUCAUUUGGUUUGGUUCCGGAUGCCACCUGCUACAAUGCCUUCCUCGCUGGCUGCGCACAGCGUGGGGAUUUGGGGGAGGCUGUCUCCAUUUUGGAAAAGAUGAAAGAGGGGGGAGUUCGGCCAAAUUUGGUGUCAUACAACACCAUGCUGAAAGCGUGCCGGAAGGCAGGAGAUGUGGCUGCGGCUCUCCAAUGGCUUCAAGAGAUUGACGACAACUCUCUGCAGCCAGACAUGAUUUCCUGGAAUUGUGCAAUCGGUGCAUGCGCAGCUGCUAGCCCAAGGGCAAGCACAAAGGCAGAGCAACUAUUCCGUCAGUUUGCUGAAAGUGGACUCAAACCAGACGGAAUCUUGCUGCGUACUCUGACGGCAGCCGUCGGCCCUGAGAGGCGAAGGCUUCUUUGUGAAGAGUUUGAAGAGCAGUGGACACAGGCCACAGACCAAAAAUAA